AUGGCAUCACGGAAAUGCACGAUAGUGGCGCUGCUGGUUUCCACCUCCUCUGCCAACAUCAUUUCACAGUUUUCUGGCCCUGGUCGCAUCACCGGAACAAAUUUCGGUAUUCCUGGGCGGAAUGCAACAUAUGACUAUGUUAUCGUCGGCGGCGGUCUCGCGGGAAGCGUGGUGGCAUCUCGGCUCACCGAGCACACCAACGCUUCAGUCGCUCUCAUUGAAGCCGGUAGCUUCUACGAACUUUCGAACGGCAACUGGAGCCAGAUCCCGUACUGGUCAGAGCAGUGGGUAGGCGCCGAGCCUGAUGACUGGCAACCGCUCAUUGACUGGGGUCUCUUCACGGAACCACAGAUCAACGGCGAGCGUAUUCACUACGCCCAGGGGAAAAAUUUCGGGGGCAGCAGUGGCAGGAACCAGAUGAUAUACCAUCGGCCGUCCGUGGGAUCACUGAAGGCUUGGGCUGAUCAUGUUGGUGACCAGUCAUGGACCUGGGAGAACAUGACGAAGUACUAUGAGCGCAGUAUGCAGCUUACGACCAAUUUUGCCAACAGAACAGCGAAUAAUGGAAGCUUGGUGUACGACGCAAGUGCUUUCGGGCCCAGCGGGAGCAACACCCAGCCACUCCACGUUAGCUUUCCCAACUACAUCAACCCGCUGUCGGACUAUGCUGCUGCUGCCUUUUCGGCGAUUGGGCUCAAGCAGAUACCUGGUUUCGCGAGCGGAAUUUUGGACGGCUUCGGCUGGUUUCAGUUUACAAUCAAUGCCCAGACAGGCCUUCGCAGCUCGGCAGAGAGCUCUUUCCUGGCGGAGGCUUUCGGACGACCAGGGUUGACGGCCUUCAUCAACGCCCAAGUGAGGAACAUCAUCUUCGAGAAUGACACUGCGACUGCCGUGAACGUGACGACCUAUGGCAUGAGGCCCUUCACUAUCUCGGCGCGUAAGGAAGUUAUCGUAUCCGCGGGAGUCUGGCAUUCGCCUCAACUGCUUAUGGUUUCUGGCAUCGGGCCAAAGGCGACGUUGGAUAAGUUUGGUAUCGAAAUUGUGAAAGACCUUCCGGGAGUCGGCCAAAAUGUAUGGGACAGUACCAAUAUCGGCGGGCCAAUACACGAGAUCUCUGUUCCUGGGUUCACAUAUUGGCAGCAACCAGGCCCGAUGGCAAGUGCUCAAGCACAACUUCUCUCGAACGGAAGUGGGCCCCUGACGAACAUUGAUGUCGACGUUGGCGGCUGGCAGAUUAUUUCAGAUCGCUCAAACUUUAGCGAGAGUACACGACAAGAGCUCUCUGCAUUUCCUGCAGACUGGCCACUGAUCGAAAACACAUUCACUAGCUCGAGUCGCGUGUUGGCUUCGUCAGGCGCAUCGACACAAUACGGCGUGAUGGAUUCUAUUCUGAUUGCGACAUCUAGCAGAGGAAACAUGACCAUUCAAUCUGCGGACAACAUGGAUCCACCAAUUAUUGACCCUGGGUGGCUACGUGAGAAGGCCGAUCAAGAAGUUGCAAUCGAAGCGUACCGCAGAGCCAGACAGGCAUGGCAGGCCGUGCCAGAUGACAUCCGCAACCAGGAAGAAUACAUGCCUGGAAAAAACGUUACAACGGACGCCGAAUUAUUGGACUACAUCCUGGGACAAAUUGCUCCGAUCCACCACGGUUCUUCGUCUUGCGCAAUGGGCAAGCAGGAUAAUCCUAUGGCCGUUGUUGACUCGAAAGCGAGAGUAUUUGGUGUGCAACGACUGAGGGUUAUCGACUCGUCAAGCUUUCCAUUUACUCCUCCGGGCCACACUCAGGGUGUGACUUAUGCGCACGCGGAGAAGUUGGUUGAAGACGUAUUGAAUGACUACUUCGCUGGAGAAUCGUAA